AUGUCUACCAACAUCAAUACCAGCAACCCUGCUGAACCCUCGCUGUCUACACACCUACAUUACCUGCGCCAUGCACUCUCCCUGGCGCGCCGGUCGCCGCCGAAACCGACGAAUUUCCGCGUUGGAUGCGUGAUUGUGGCGUUUGACAGAAAAAGAGGGGGCGCUGGUGAAGAUGAAGAAAAAGAAAGAGAAAAAGGCCAGGUCCUCGCUACGGGAUAUACCUUGGAACUCGAGGGGAAUACGCACGCGGAGCAGAAUGCGCUGGCGAAACUCGCGCGCGAGCAUGGAAUUUCUCUCUCUUUGGAGACACCUUCGGAGACACCUUCGUCGUUGGAAUACCUCGCAGAACUCGGCCGCGAGGUCCUCACGCCAGAGAAGAAUGUCUACCUGUACACGACGCUGGAACCGUGCGGGAAACGCCUCAGCGGGAACAUACCCUGCGUGCAGCGGAUUAUUGCGACGAGGACGAGGACACCACCGCCUCCGGGAUCGACCGGCGACAGCACAUCAGGCGGAGGAAUCCGCAAAGUCAUCUUCGGCGCCCGCGAACCCGGCACGUUCGUGCAGGACUCGGCCAGCCUGAAGAUCUUGGACGCGGCCGGCGUGCCCUGGGAGUACGUGCCGGGGCUGGAGGAGGAGAUUCUCCGCGUGGCCAAGGAGGGACAUUCCAACCAGGUCGUGCAGGGGGGCACCAACGUCGACGACAUCUCGCCCGAGGAGAGGAGGCGGCAGGAGGCUCUCCCGCGAAAUCCAAAGAAGAGGAUGAUGGAGGUCGAUGUCUCGCGGUGA